AAGUGCGGAGAAUUUCGAGGGUAGUAGUACAUUCGACGAACAGGCCUCGCAUAUUUCGUGUGAUCUACAUAUUAACGAGCGUACAACGAAAAUACGGCAGGAUUUAUUACGACCAUCGUUCUUAAAACAAACAAAAAUAUACAAACGUUGAAUAAAAAGUUAAGGUCAAAGUUAUCAGUGGACUAUUUAUAAAUCAAUAUUUGUAAAUCGUGAACGUACGAAGAUACGGUUCAUACUAAUCGCAAUGAACAUAAAACCUACCCCUCGUCCUCGAUAUAAAUACGUGUUACAUGCAUCGAUGUGAUUUUACCCCCGUAAUUGACAGUAAUGCGAUCGUAAUCAUAUGUAACGUAUUAUUCGAUCAUUACGUUCAGAAUGAGAGUGGAUGGUUUCGAUAUUGUGAUUAAUCAAUUUUAAUAUUUGACAAGUUGCUGGCCAAUUAUCUGUACCGAUAAACGUUAAAUGAAUUUUCUAAAAUGACAGUAAUAUGCCAGAACGUCGCGGAACAGAAAAACAGUUCCAAGACACAUCGCGUGAAUGCACAAUGCAUCGAUAGUAAAUAAUAUGGCGCGGUUUCAUCUGCAGUCCGUGACGUCAGAGUCACGAAAUGAAGGGGAUGUCAGUGAUUCGAUUUAAGACCCGAACAGGAUGCGUGAAAUCCUAACGCAACGUGAGUAAAGUUUCUGUUGGAUAAUCAGUGAAAGAAAGUGCAUGUUACCCGGUUGUUAUAACAAACUACAUUAAGGAAUUACGUUUAGCGGUAAUUAAUACGUUGAGUAGUUGAGAGAUAUUUAUGACGUUAUCGAAUGUUUCAUAAAGUUUAUCGCGUGACAAGUAAAUGUUAUUCUAUUCUAACAAUUGAAGGACGAGAGUCAUUAUUAACCCCAUGAUUAUAUAAACACCGCGCCAGCAUCGAUCGUCGAAUUGUCCUUUGUAAAAUUCGGUUUUAUUACAACGGUCGAGACGAAAGUCCUUAAUCGGUAUAAAAAUAAUAAAAACAAGUCUAUCGAACUAGAACGAAGAAAGAGAAGGAUGGUACACGAUAAAUAUAAAAAAGGAAAAUGUAGAAGAAUUAUUAUUGCGUCGAUGCAAAGCAACUGACGUAACGGUACAAGUUGAAGAUGAGCCAAGAAACCUACCCUCGUCGUGAAAAGGGAGAUCGCUGAAGGGACAAGAAGAGAAAUAUAUCGAGUCAGCGAACGAGGAGGUUCCCGAUUGCGAAAUAGAUAUCGAAGGCAAAAAAGCAGCAGGUUGAUGUAAAGUGGGGAGAUAUUUAAAUGGGUCAAACGUAUCUUCGCGAUGACAGUAUCCGUUGUUCGACUUCAUGUUCGACGUCUCCGUGAAGAGAUCCUACAACGAAUCCGUCACGAGUAUCGUUGAGACCACAGUACACGCCGUUGUUCCCGUAAACACCAUCGUUCUUUUGCAAUGUCAUCGUUCAUACGACGGAUUCGAAACUCGUAGAGUUUCAAUUAACCACGGGAGAGCAACGUCGCGGGAAAAGGAAAGGAAAUUUCUAAAACAUAGCAUUUUAAAAAAAUGACUAUAUCGUUGCCCCGACGGACGUCCCAUAUUUAAUUCGGUUACAUUUCUUUGCCGUUUGUUCGGUUGUAAACUUGAAUAAAGCUGCACGAUUCGACGCGUUACAUUUGGAAAUUAUCGAAGAAAAUAAGAAUAUCUAUUUAAAAGGUACAAGAAAAUUUUUUCAUGGUUUACCAACCUCGUAAGAUAACGGAAGCAACAACCACCACGGGGACCACUUGGCUGUACAAUAUUACCACUCAAGGAGAGAUGAGUAGCAGCGGAGGGUUAGGAUUCGGCGUCGGCGUUGGUGUCGGUGUCGCCGGUGGUCCAACCCUCGCAGCCGCUCAACAGGGUCAAGGGGUAGCUGCUCUGUUGGUGAUGCUAGCUGUCCUCUGCUUCAUCUUCGCGUAUUGUUGCUGGGGCGCGCCGUUCUGCAGGUCCCUAUGUAGACGACACUGCUGUUGUCGGCUAGAGGAUCCCGAGCCAGACUCGCGGUUCGGUAAUAGCGACCAGGCGAUGGUAGCAACACCGACGAUCAUCCUCUUGCCACACGGUAGGAUGCUCGUUGUGGAUGGUACAAUCUUCACGCAGUUCCAACCCGAUCCGACUGGUUUGGAUCUGGUGGAACUCGGUGAUAGCGUCCUACGCGCGCAGAGGAAUCCGCGAAGCAUAAAUCGCCAUCAGCUUCAGAACAGCCAGGGUAGUAUACUGGAGAUGGACGCAGAAACGCCUAGCAAGGAUAGUCUUGGAUCCGUAGGGUGUUUCCCACCUCCAACGUACGAGAGCAUUUACGGGAAGGAAGAGUCGGACAUGCCGCCUUCGUAUUCGGAUAUCUUGCUGCACAGAUUCGCCAAUCUUCCCCACGAGAUAGACUUACACAGUUAUUGCCACGACGGUAAAGAGGAGAUCGAGAUGCAAAGCCUGGAUGGCUGUCCGCACAUACUAGGCAAUCCGAUGAACGCGUUGGCGUACCCUUAUGGAACAACGGUGACGAACUUCUCGAGCCAGAGUUUUCCACGGAGGAACGUCACAAGGAAUCCGUCUAUCAUCAGCAAUCCACUCGACAGUUACUACGUAGACAACGAAUUAGAAUUGUAUCGAAUGAGCCAGGAUUUGGUACCACGAGUGUUCAGUAACGCAAAUUUCGAGGCCCUUAGAACGUAUCAAGACGGGACUCUGUUCCACGUAGCGAAUGAAAACGAGAGCCAACGGCAGGGCGAACCACUGUCCGUCAAUGGGAAUCAUUGUGCGCUCGAUAACUCUGUACGAAACAACGAAAGAAUACGUAUGAACAGUACCGAAGAGAUAUCUAGAGACGUAGCUACGGGAAACGAGCUAAUGAACAUAAGGAAUCUUGCUCGAAGCAUGUCGAGGAUUAGCCAAGAGAGCAGGAACAAUACAGAGAAUUCGCAGAGGGAUAAUCACGAGAACGAAGCUGUUUACGUUCGAUUAUCUCGGUCCGAAGACCGUAGCAACGAUCAGUCCUUGCAGAAUAGGUGCACUAUCGCGAACGAAAUAAACAGGUCAAGAACGCAAGAGGAUCAGUCCAGCCUUAGAAGUGUACAUUUUGAGAAUGCUCAAACAACCGACGAAUCUAAUCGCAACAACGAAUGCAAUCCAACGGAAUAUUACCUUAGAAACCGAAACAAUGACGAUGCUAGUAGAUCGCAAAGAUUAGAAACUGAGUCUAACUAUUCUGACGAGGAGACCAGGAAUUUUGGGGCUCUUGCCGAUAUCCGUGAGAGUCGCGUAUAACGACAAGUUUAAGGAUCUAUAAACUACACCAGAGAAAUUCUCUUACCAUGUGUAUGUUGCUAAUCGUGCCACAUGGUAAAAUGUAUAUUUAAGAUAGAAGUAUAUGUAUAUUGUUUCCGUGUGGCUCUCAGUACUAUGGUGCUUACUUUUACUAAUCUUUUUAAUUAUAAAUAUCGAUUGUAGAUACAAAAGUAAAAACUAGGCUUUUAAUUUUUGUUUAACGAUGGAAUAAAAAUGUAGAAAGAUUAAAA